GGCCAUGGAGCUGGAAGCUGGAGAUGCCGAUGAUCCACCAAGAAUUACCCCAAAUCCAGUCAUCAAUGGGAAUGUAGCCAUGGCUGAUGGUCACAAUAACACAGAAGAAGACAUGGAAGAUGACACGAGCUGGCGGUCAGAAGCGACGUUUCAGUUCACGGUUGAGCGUUUCAACCGGCUGAGUGAAUCGGUCCUAAGCCCACCCUGCUUUGUGCGGAACCUGCCCUGGAAGAUCAUGGUGAUGCCACGGCUUUACCCAGACAGGCCACACCAAAAGAGCGUAGGAUUCUUUCUUCAGUGCAACGCAGAGUCUGAUUCCACGUCAUGGUCUUGUCAUGCGCAGGCAGUCCUCAAGAUAAUAAAUUACAAGGACGAUGAGAAAUCUUUCAGUCGCCGCAUCAGCCACUUAUUCUUUCAUAAGGAAAACGAUUGGGGCUUUUCCAAUUUUAUGUCUUGGAGUGAAGUUACUGAUCCAGAUAAAGGCUACAUAGAAGAUGACAAAGUCACUUUUGAAGUUUAUGUUCAGGCUGAUGCUCCGCAUGGUGUGGCAUGGGACUCAAAGAAGCACACAGGUUAUGUGGGGCUGAAGAACCAAGGUGCAACCUGCUACAUGAACAGUUUGUUACAGACAUUAUUUUUCACAAACCAACUACGAAAGGCUGUAUAUAUGAUGCCUACCGAAGGAGACGACUCUUCAAAAAGUGUUCCUUUAGCGUUGCAGAGAGUCUUCUAUGAACUUCAACAUAGCGACAAACCAGUAGGAACUAAGAAGCUAACAAAAUCUUUUGGAUGGGAGACUUUAGACAGCUUCAUGCAACAUGAUGUUCAGGAAUUAUGUCGAGUGUUGCUUGAUAAUGUCGAAAACAAAAUGAAAGGCACCUGCGUCGAAGGCACCAUCCCUAAAUUGUUCAGAGGGAAGAUGGUGUCCUAUAUCCAGUGCAAACACGUAGACUAUCGAUCUGAACGAAUAGAGGAUUACUAUGAUAUUCAACUUAGUAUAAAAGGAAAGAAAAGUAUCUUUGAGUCUUUCAUAGAUUAUGUUGCAGUGGAGCAGCUGGAUGGAGACAAUAAAUACGAUGCAGGGGAACAUGGCUUGCAGGAGGCAGAAAAAGGGGUGAAGUUCCUAACGUUGCCACCUGUGCUGCACCUACAGCUCAUGCGUUUCAUGUACGAUCCCCAGACGGACCAGAACAUCAAAAUAAACGACAGGUUUGAAUUUCCUGAUCAGUUGCCUCUGGAUGAAUUCUUGCAAAAAACUGAUCCUAAAGAUGCUGCAAAUUAUAUUCUUCACGCAGUGCUCGUACACAGUGGUGACAACCAUGGGGGGCAUUAUGUUGUUUACUUGAACCCAAAGGGGGAUGGAAAAUGGUGUAAAUUUGAUGAUGACGUUGUAUCUAGAUGUACAAAAGAAGAAGCAAUUGAGCAUAACUAUGGAGGCCAUGAUGAUGACCUAUCUGUGCGACACUGUACCAACGCAUACAUGUUGGUUUAUAUCAGGGAGUCAAAGCUAAGUGAGGUUUUGCAAGCAGUCACAGAUCAUGAUAUUCCUCAGCAGCUGGUGGAACGAUUGCAGGAAGAAAAAAGAAUAGAGGCCCAAAAGAGAAAGGAGAGGCAAGAAGCCCACCUCUAUAUGCAAGUACAGAUAGUAACAGAGGACCAGUUCUGUGGCCAUCAAGGCAAUGACAUGUACGAUGAAGAAAAAGUGAAGUACACAGUGUUCAAAGUCUUGAAGAGUUCCACACUGGGAGAAUUUGUUCAAAACCUUUCCCAAACAAUGGGCUUCCCGCAAGAUCAGAUACGGUUGUGGCCGAUGCAAGCACGAAGCAAUGGGACAAAAAGACCAGCCAUGUUAGACAACGAAGCUGAUGGCAGUAAAACUAUGAUUGAGCUCAGCGACAAUGAAAACCCGUGGACAAUAUUCCUUGAAACAGUAGAUCCAGAAAUGGCUGCUACAGGGGCAACGUUACCCAAGUUCGACAAAGACCACGAUGUAAUGCUGUUUCUGAAAAUGUAUGAUCCAAAGACACGAAGUUUGAAUUAUUGUGGACAUAUCUACACACCUAUAUCCUGCAAAAUACGUGACUUACUGCCAGUUAUGUGUGAAAGAGCAGGAUUUCCCCAAGAAUCUAAUCUUAUCCUCUAUGAGGAAGUUAAACCGAAUUUAACAGAGAGAAUUCAAGACUAUGAUGUUUCCCUCGACAAAGCUCUUGACGAACUCAUGGACGGUGACAUCAUUGUGUUUCAAAAGGAUGACCCUGAAAACGACAACAGUGAAUUAGCAACAGCAAAAGAGUACUUUCGAGAUCUCUACUACCGAGUUGACGUCAUCUUUUGUGAUAAAACUAUCCCCAAUGAUCCUGGUUUUGUUGUCACAUUGUCCAACAGAAUGAAUUAUUUUCAGGUUGCAAAGACAGUGGCUCAGAGGCUUAAUACGGAUCCUAUGCUGUUGCAGUUCUUCAAGUCCCAAGGUUACAGGGAUGGUCCUGGUAACCCUCUUAGGCAUAAUUAUGAUGGAACUUUAAGAGAUCUCCUGCAAUUCUUCAAACCCAGACAACCUAAGAAACUUUAUUAUCAGCAGCUUAAAAUGAAAAUCACAGACUUUGAAAACAGGAGAAGUUUUAAGUGCAUAUGGCUAAACAGCCAAUUUAGGGAAGAGGAAAUAACACUAUAUCCAGAUAAACAUGGAUGUGUGCGAGACUUACUAGAUGAAUGUAAAAAAGCUGUAGAACUUGCUGAAAGAGGUUCAGGGAAAUUAAGGCUGCUAGAAAUCGUAAGCUACAAAAUCAUUGGUGUCCAUCAGGAGGAUGAAUUAUUAGAGUGCUUAUCGCCAGCAACCAGUCGGACAUUUCGAAUAGAGGAAAUUCCUUUGGACCAGGUAGAGCUCGAUAAGGAGAAUGAGAUGCUAAUUACAGUGGCUCAUUUCCAGAAAGAGGUUUUUGGAACAUUUGGCACCCCUUUCUUGCUAAGGAUACACCAGGGCGAACAUUUUCGAGAAGUGAUGAAGAGGAUUCAGACAGUUCUGGACAUCCAAGAGAAGGAAUUUGAAAAGUUUAAGUUUGCUAUUGUAAUGAUGGGCCGGCACCAGUAUCUUAAUGAAGACGAAUAUGAAGUGAACUUGAAAGAUUUUGAGCCCCAACCCGGCAACAUGUCUCAUCCCAGGCCAUGGCUCGGGCUCGAUCAUUUCAACAAAGCCCCAAAGAGAAGCCGCUACACGUACCUUGAAAAAGCUAUUAAAAUCCAUAACUGACUUACCCUCUCCAGU